UUUCAGUCUGGGCUAUUGGGAGCUUCUUAUGAAGAUGUACAUGUUGGUUGAACACCGCACAAACCUUCUCCUCCACCUGAAGAGGUCACCUGGCAUCAGAUCUUGGUCUCUGUUUGUUGGAAUAGCCUCUAUAGGUUUGGCUGCUGCUUAUUAUAGUGCAGACAGCUUGGCCUGGAAACUCUUCUAUAUGGCUGGAUGUCUCUUUGUGGCAGUGCAGAAUCUGGAGCAGUGGGAGGAAGCUAUAUUUGAUAAGAACAAGGGAACCAUCUGCCUAAAAACAUUCAGUCUUUACAAAAAAAUACUGACCUUCUCAAAAGGAGGCCACGAGCAAGUUGUGGCUCUGCUGCACGAGGUGCGAGAUGUGAAUGUGGAAGAGGAGCCUGUGCGCUACUUUGGGAAGGGCUACCUGGUCGUGCUGCGAUUUAUCACUGGCUUUUCACACCCGCUGACUCAGAGUGCAGUGCUGGGCUGCAGGAGUGAUGUGGAAGCAAUUGCCAAACUCAUCACCAGUUUUCUGGAGCUGGACAGAGUAGAGAGCCAACACGAGCUCUCUCAGAGCAGCGAAACUGAGGCAAGCGAUGCUGAUGAGCCAGGGGAUAAUUAUUAACAGUCAUCGUCAACUGAAGAAAGUGGAAGCCUUCAC